ACCUCAUUCUAGCACCACUAAACACCACCUCUGCAAUAGACAUACAAAGGUCACAUAGCACCAACGGCGAAGCAACGAUGAGGACGACGACACCAAACACGCGACCUGGAACAAUCACAUAACACCAGCGACGAAGCAGCGAUGAGGACGACAACACCUCUUCUUCAACACCAUUCCUCACCGCACUGUCAAUGACAACCUUAACAACUCUGAUUCAUCUUCCUCGACCGUUUCUUCAUCGUUGGUCCAUGUCCGCCACUAACCCUUUCUCUCCCACAAAGAUUCUUCUUCCCCCAACCACCUCCACUGUUCACGGCCGCCACCCCCGUCUCCGAUCCACCUCCCUCUCUUUUAUUCUUUCUCCCUGAUCCGCAUCCAACUCCGGUCAUAUCCUAUCCUAUUUUUCUUGAUUUGUUGCUAGCUCGUGCCGGAAGCGAAAAUUCUACUUCUUCCGCAACCAUUCGACUCUUCUCCACAUUUCAAAAUUGUUCCAAUUCUAGUUGUUUGAUUCAGUUUUUUUUUGGUUGUUAAAUUAGACUGUUUCUUUAUGUUACAAUUCUAGUAGUAGACGGUUUCUUUAUGGGAGAUGAACUGAAGAAAUUUGAGCACGAGGAGAGAUCAAGAAAGCUUGAACAAUGCUCAACACCACCUUGGUUUCUAUCAUUGUAAUUUAAGAAAUUUCACCUAUUGAACGAAAAUUAGAGUUUGUUGAUCACUUAAACUUCUUCGGUUAGUGAAUCUUUAGUGCCUUGCAUAGAAUCAGACCUAUCCAUACAUAGAGCGAUAGAAGAAGGUUUGCAAUAGAAAGGGUUAGGGUUCCAACGGGCAGCAAGUCUUGAAUUGGGGAUUUAUGUUUUAAGGCAUAAUAUAUUAUGACAGUCAUAAGGGCAACUUCGCCAUUUUCAAAUUUAUCACGUGAUCAACACAGGCCUAUUUAACGGUAAGAAAUUGCCGGAAUGCCACCGGUGAGUAAUUUUUGCAAAAAAUUUGAUAGUCCGGGGGUUAAUUAUAAAGAUAAUAGUUUAGGAGAAAUUUUAGGGAGGGAGAGUAAAAUUUAAGGGGGUUUAUUGUACUUUAUCCAUAUAUAUAUUACAACAUUCAAUUUACCCUCGGCCCCCUGCCGCUAAGCACAGUCGAGACCCAUAAUACAUCCAAAGAUUUCACCAUGACCUCCUGACCAAGACAUUCCUUUUCGUGCCUCAAACGAGCUCUCUAAAAGGCGCUUCAAUGGCGGCGAUUCACGACACUCGCUCACUGUCAGCAAAGCUUCAUUUAUAGGUUUUCUUGGAUAUUAGUUAUUGUGUUGGUUCAAUUCUAUUCGGUUUUAAACCCACCAUGAGUGCCAACUCUGGAACUGAAUCCACCAACGGUUCUUCAAAUCCCAAUGAAUCACAAAAUCCUCCAAUUCAGCCUCUCCGAUUGCCCACUGUUGAGGAAAUUCGGGGCCAAGACAUUUGGAACAACUGUGCUGUUCGUAGCGUCGUGAGCGGUGCAAUGGGAGGUGGGCUUGGAUUGUUCAUGGGUCUCUUUCUAGGGGCACUAGACAAUCCAUUAAUGCAAGCGGAAAUGACUGGCAGACAGCAGUUUAUUUAUACGGCAAAGCAGAUGGGUAGUAGGAGCUGGAGUUCUUGCAAGACGUUUGCCGUUAUGGGCUUCAUUUUCUCAGCUACUGAAUGUGUUGUUGAGAAGGCCCGGGCAAAACAUGACAUCACAAAUACACUUGUUGCUGGAUGUGUAACUGGAGGUGCCUUAUCGGCAAGGGGUGGUCCUAAAGCAGCAUGCUUUGGCUGUGCUGGUUUUGCUGCAUUUUCAGUUCUGAUAGAGAAGUUUUUAGAGAGACACGAUUGAGCAAACCGAUACCUGAUUCAGUAUUGCUGGCGCGUUAGUUUUUUGGGUCAGCCCUCUUUGGUUGCAUAAUUUAUAGUAGUUUUUUAGUUUCCAAUUGCUUGUCCAACUAUUUUUGUCCCCUUUUAUGAUGGGAAGUAUUACAGAAUAUUGAAGUCCUUUGAUUUUGUACUAUUUCCAUUUCCUUUUACUCUCAGCUGAGGAAAUUAAGUGGCUAAUAUCGGAAGCUUUUUGUUUUUAUUAUUUUAUAUGUGAUGUAUGCAACAUUCAAAUCACUGUUAAAUUUUCAGUGGAUUCGGUUGUUGAUUCAAUUAUCGUGUUUGUUCAACUGAAAGAUUGCCAAAUCUUUUGAAAAGAGCUUCUUGUAGUAAUUUGAUGGCUUCUCAACAAGUCUGGAUGAUUUUCUUAAUGA